UUGGGCUUGUUGGGCAGCCCCAAUAGACCAACGUCCUCAGAAGUGGUCAGCCAACGUUUCCAGUAUGGCGUUAUGUUUGAUGCUGGGAGCACAGGGACAAGGAUCCAUGUCUUCAAGUUUCAACUGGAGGACAAUGGUACGGUACAUGUGAAAACAAAUAUUACACCCCUUGCCUGGGAGAGGUAGAAAAUAAUGUAGAAAUGUUACUUCCAUACCUCUCAACUGAAAAUGUAUAUUGGCUCUAUUCUAUCCAUUCAUGGACUUGUUUGGGUGCAUAGAAUAAGAUGCAAAUGUAGUUGACCAAAAUUAAUCAAUUAAAUGUAGAUUUCUGCAUUGCUUUUAGCAUUUGUAAGCCAUGUGAGGCAGCAAAAAGUAUUAAUUACAGAUUUGAAUCUGUGUGAUAAGGCUUUCAGGCUUAAUUUGUAUUAUGUGCUUUGAUGUUGCCAGUACAAAAUGCACAUAAAUUCAUUACUCCAUUUAGGGCCUCAUAUUAGGCUUACGCUACCUCAUAUCAGGAAUCCUAAAAAAAAGUUUCAGUAAAGCUUCGCCAAAUGGCUUAGUUAUCGCAUUUAUUUCAACAUUAAGCUAAAUCACAUAAGUGCUGUUUUGGCGUUAUUGUUAAAUCUAUGAUUGUUAUUCUAAUGGUUACCAAGCACCUGCUAUUUAUGUUGAUAUGGCCUUAAUCGUUUUGUGCAGACACGCCACAUGACAGUAGAGGUCAUAAGCAUCACAGAAGAAAUGUAGAAAUUCUGACAACAAGAUAGAACAAGUCACUUGUUAUGGCAGUGUUAUGUAGGCUACUGUAUAAUAUCAGGCAGCUUGCCAUGGAUCUCUGCCUUUGCGGUAACUAACUAUUAGCAUUAGUUAAAUCUACAUUAUCACCCUACAAUUCACUUUAUUAAAUGUUAAUUAAAUGACAACAGUAUUUCACUUUAUUCAACUUUUUUGUUGUUUUUGUCAUUUUUUUUCCCACAGAGGCUCCUAAAUUGGCUCAUGAAACAUUCAGAGCAAUAAAACCAGGUCUAUCUGCAUAUGCUGAUGAUCCAGAGAAGGUAAUCAACUUAAUGCAUUCUGAAAGUAUUCAGACCCCUCCACUUUUUCCACAUUUUGUUACGUUACGGCCCUAUUCUAAAAUUGAUUAAAUAAAUACAAAUCCUCAUCAGUCUACACACAAUACCCCAUAAGGACAAAGCGAAAACAGGUUUUUAGAAAUUUUUGCAACAAAAAAAAACCCCAGAUACCUUUGUUUACAUAAGUAUUCAGACCCUUUGCUAAGAGACUCAAAAUUGAGCUCAGGUGCAUCCUGUUUCCAUUGAUCAUCCUUGAUGUUUCUACAACUUGAUUGGAGUCCACCUGUGGUAAAUUCAAUUGAUUGGACAUGAUUUGGAAAGGCACACACCUGUCUAUAUAAGGCCCCACAGUUGACAGUGCAUGUUAGAGCAAAAACCAAGCCAUGAGGUCGAAGGAAUUGUCUGUAGAGCUCCAAGACAGGAUUGUGUCGAGGCACAGAUCUGGGGAAGGGUACCAACACAUUUCUGCAGCAUUGAAGGUCCCCAAGAACACAGUGGCCUCCAUCAUUCUUAAAUGGAAGAAGUUUGGAACUACCAAGACUCUUCCUAGAGCUGGCCGCCUGGCCAAACUGGGCAAUCGGGGGAGAAGGGCCUUGGUCAGGGAGGUGACCCAAGAACCCGAUGGUCACUCUGACAGAGCUCCAGAGUUCCUCUGUGGAGAUGGGAGAACCUUCCAGAAGGACAACCAUCUCUGCAGCACUCCACUAAUCAGGCCUUUAUGGUAGAGUGGCCAGACGGAAGCCACUCCUCAGUAAAAGGCACAUGACAGCCCGCUUGGAGUUUGCCAAAAGGCACCUAAAGGACUCUCAGACCACGAGAAACAAGAUUCUCUGGUCUGAUGAAACCAAUAUUGAACUCUUUGGCCUGAAUGCCAAGCGUUACUUCUGGAGGAAACCUGGCACCAUCCCUACGGUGAAGCAUUGUGGGGGCAGCAUCAUGCUGUGGGCAUGUUCUUCAGCCGCAGGGACUGGGAGACUAGUCAGGAUCGAGGAAAAGAUGAACGGAGCAAAGUACAGAGAUCCUUAAUGAAAACCUACUCCACAGCGCUCAGGACCUCAGACUGUGGCGAAGGUUCACCUUCCAACAGGACAACGACCCUAAGCACACAGCCAGGACAACGUAGGAGUGGCUUCGGGACAAGUCUCUGAAUGUCCUUGAGUGGCCCAGCCAGAGCCUGAACUUGAACCCAAUCGAACAUCUCUGGAGAGAUCUGAAAAUAGCUGUGCAGCGAUGCUCCCCAUCCAACCUGACAGAGCUUGAGAGGAUCUGCAAAGAAGAAUUGGAGAAACUCCCCGAAUACAGGUGUGUCAAGCUUGUAGCGUCAUACCCAAGAAGACUCCAUGCUGUAAUCACUGCCAAAGGUGCUUCAACAAAGUACUGAGUAAAGGGUCUGAGUACUUAUGUAAAUGUGAUAUUUCAGUUUUUGCUUUGUCAUUAUGGGGUAUUGUGUGUAGAUUGAUGAGGGGGAAAAAAACAAUUUAAUCAAUUUUAGAAUAAGGCUGUAACGUAAAAAAAAAUGUGGACAAAGUCAAGGGGUCUGAAUACUUUCUGAAUGCACUAUAUUUUGACAAAAAGAUUUGUGCCACAUCUACAGUUGACAUAGUCCUGAAAGUAGGCAAUUUCUUAUUGCCCUGACAAUAUCUUUUGAAAUCUAAUCUCUUGCCUUCUCUGUGGGUUGUUUCUCAGUGUAAAGAAGGGAUCUUGGAGCUGUUGGAGGUGGCCCAGGGCAGCAUUCCCUCCUCUGUGUGGAGCAGCACUCCUCUGGUCCUCAAGGCCACCGCAGGCCUUCGCCUUCUGCCUGGGGAGAAGGCCACACACCUACUGGACAGGGUGAGCUUUCGCCACUGUCUGUGGAGUCACUGCAUAGAUAGAUGACCAGACCACAAACACUCUGCACCAACCACACUCUCACCCUGUGGAGUUAUAAUUCGUGUUAGCUGUCUUGUUACAUUUCACUCUGAUUUCUAACUUUACACUGUAAAAAUGGGAGUUGUGGUGGAAAGAGAAUGUAGGUUGGCAGCGGUCAAGGCAUGAGUUGCCCACUUAGAAAUGAGCUAAGCUAUGUAAUUGCAUAGCAUGUCUACAUUUACCCCUAACUGUAAUACUAUCAGCUGAAAGCAAUUUAAUGUCAUGAGUUUAUUGCAUAAGUGACCUGUUAUGCGCUUGUUUGAUCGCCUGUCAGUGUUUCGGAUCCUCCACUACUUUCACACAUCCUCCUCUCCACCUCUUUUUAUUUCGCCAUUUAAUAGCCUGUAACAGAUUCACAUAAGGACAACACAUCCUAAACCUAUAAUACUGCUAUUUAGUUGUUAGUUGACAUGUUGCAUUGAUCCCUUCUACCUGUUACUUGGCAGUGUUACCUCACCCAACCCCUUUUUACAACAAAGGGAGGUGUGGCUUGAAUUCAAUCUAUAUAGUAAAUUACGUAAAUAGUCGACAUGCAUGUAUUGAAAACAGUUAUCUUUUAGAAAGAAUUGUGUCAUGUACCUGAAGUAUGCAUGUGGAAAACAGCUUCCAAACAUGAUUGUGAACUGACCUAAAGCUUUCUGUCAAGGUGAGAGAGGUGUUUGUGGAGUCUCCAUUCCUGUCCAGAGGGGACAGUGUAUCCAUAAUGGAUGGCACUGAUGAAGGUAUGUCUGGCCCUCACCCACCUGUAGUUUCACAAAACACGGCCUUCCUGUGCAGGUAUUUCUAGCGCCAUGUAGGGCUGUGACGGUCAUGGAAUUUUGGAUGACUGUUAUUGGUCAGCCAAAUGAUUGCGGUCACCGUUAUAACCGUUCGAAUAGCACAAAAAAAGACAGACAUUUUCUCCGCGACUGACUGCAUGUGCUGCUGCUGCAGGGAGGGGGGCCUUGUUUAGGCAACCCAAGACUUGUUUGCUACAACACCAUGUUGUUUUGCUUCUUUCAGCAAGGAGCAACAAAGUUUCAUCCAAGAUUCUGGUAACUAACCCAAGAUAUCUCACCAGCGUCGUUUCCAAUGGGAGCAAAUGAAGCAUAAGCACGGAGGUGGGCAGAGCCAAGCACAAGCUAGCGAGAUCCUAUUUUUAACUGCACUGCCCCUUAAGCAUUUUUAGACUGUGCCAGACUGAUUGCGCUACCAUAAUACCCAUAGCCUGUCCAGAAACAACCCGUAGCCCCUACUGCCCAGAGUCUAGACACUUAUGGAGAUCUGAGAGGGAUUGAUGGGUGGUAACAUGGUGAGAGCUCCACCUUACCCUCUGAAAGGCUUGCUGGAAUUUUGGCAGUAUUGCUUACACCUGUCCAAUCUUCUUGGAUCUCCAAAAGUGUCUAGGGCUAGGGGUUGCUUCUGGACAGGACCUCACAACCCUCCGGGUGUGUGGUGGACCUACAGCACUACUCAAGGCAUUGGUUGAAUGCUUUAUUCCAUUGCUAUACACAUGGAUUUGCACACGUGUAAGCUGGACACACCCACGGCACCCUAUCAGGCUGAUCAGACAGUGCUGGGUAGCUGAAGACCUACUGUAAACAGUGAAAUAAUAUAUUUACAUGUCUACUAUUCACACCCUUGCUUCAUUCCAGCUAGCUAGAUGUGCAACCAUAACUAACUAUAGCUAGGGGCAUAUCUCUAGUCUAGCAAUAGAUACUGUUGUUUUGGCUGUAUGGCAUCAGUGAAUAAGAUUACCAAUGGUUAGUUAGGUAGCUAGGAUAUAUCAGUCAAUUAACCAUUUACAAUAACAGCAGUUUAUUAAGUCAAUACACACUAAAUCUUAUGCAGAAAUUAUCUUGGCACUAUGGCACGGUAUGGCAGCUAUUAAUCGAUUAGUUAAUAGAUCAGAUUCAUACAAUGGAUAUAUUUCCCUUCAUAGACUGAUCAAUCGCUGCAUCAAAAUAGUGACAGCACAGCGUGCUCCGACUUUGAAAGGACAGGAAGUGUUGGCUGUGCACUUAAAUAAUGACAGGCAUUCCACGUUUAACCCCACCCACGUGUGAAAAUCGAAAUAUGUUUUAUGUGCAAAAAACGAAAAACAAACAAGCCAUUUAUUUUUUCUAUUGAAAAACUAAUAAACAAGCCGUUUUCAAGUUCCCGAUUGCUCCAUUUUAACUCGGAAAACAAAAGAUCAAAACCUACAGGACCGUAAUCUUGACAUAAUGUUGUCCACAACACAGGCUAAUUAUCUUGACUGACGUAACAACAUAGACAUAAAUGUCAAUUCUCCAGAUCAACAUUAAUUGGAGGACAUUGGCUGUUGUUCAAUCGUGUGCAGUAUCACGCCAGCUCUUUAUCACUUGACUGUCAUUCAGAAAAUCCUUUCCAGAAUCAACGAUAAUUUCCCUACAUAACUAAACAGCCAGACAUCAAAUGUGCAUCAAACAACUAUUAUGCAUAAUUAUUGAAGAACCCCGUUAAUGACAGUAUCGAUUUUCUUAUUUUAUUUGAUUCAUCUUGUUAAAGUUACACUUUGUUAGAAGCAUUCGAUUUUCAAAUCCAUACAUUAUUUGGGAUGUGUGCCCAUGAAAACUGUUUGCACACCAUAACAUAGGGAGAUACGAAAUGUUACGAGGUUACAGUGUACUUCCGAAAUCUCAAUAAAUAAAUAAAUAUCUGGUUCAUUGUGUAAUUCAAUUGUUAAAUGCUUAGUAUAUGAUAUAACCACAAACGUCAAUAUCAUAAAUGUAAGGAAAUAAAUUUAGUUUUGUCACAAGAUUUUUGCCAAAUCUGUGAAGACUCCAAGCAUGAGAAAGGGUUUAAACAGGUUUUGAUUCAACUCAUGAAUUAUAUUGAAUGUACAGUUGAAGUCGGAAGUUUACAUACACUUAGGUUGGAGUCAUUAAAACUCGUUUUUCAACCACUCCACAAAUUUCUUGUUAACAAACUAUAGUUUUGGCAAGUAGGUUAGGACAUCUACUUUGUGCAUGACACAAGUAAUUUUCACAACAAUUGUUUACAGACAGAAUAUUGAAUUUAUAAUUCACUAUCACAAUUCCAGUGGGUCAGAAGUUUACGUACAUGAAGUUGACUGUGCCUUUUAAACAGCUUGGAAAAUUCCAGAAAAUGAAAACAUGGCUUUAGAAGCUUCUGAUAGGCUAAUUGACAUCAUUUGAGUCAAUUGGAGGUGUACCUGUGGAUGUAUUUCAAGGCCUACCUUCAACCUCAGUGCCUCUUUGCUUGACAUCAUGGGAAAAUCAAAAGAAAUCAGCCAAGACCUCAGAAAAUUUUUUGUAGACCUCCACAAGUCUGGUUCAUCCUUGGGAGCAAUUUCCAAAUGCCUGAAGGUACCACGUUCAUCUGUACAAACAAAAGUACGCAAGUAUAAACACCAUGGGACCACACAGCUGUCAUACCGCUCAGGAAGUAGAUGCGUUCUGUCUCCUAGAGACUAACGUACUUUGGUGCGAAAAGUGAAAAUCAAUCCCAGAACAACAGGAAAGGACCUUGUGAAGAUGCUGGAGGAAACCGGUACACAAGUAUCUAUAUCCACAGUAAAACGAGUCCUAUAUCGACAUAACCUGAAAGGCCGCACAGCAAGGAAGAAGCCACUGCUCCAAAACCGCCAUUAAAAAAAGCCAGACUACGGUUUGCAACUGCACAUGGGGACAAAGAUCGUACUUUUUGGAGAAAUGUUCUGGUCUGAUGAAACAAAAAUAGAAUGUUUGGCCAUAAUGACCAUUGCUAUGUUUGGAGGAGAAAGGGGGACGCUUGCAAGCCGAAGAACACCAUCCCAACCGUGAAACACAGGGGUGGCAGCGUCAUGCUGUGGGGGUGCUUUGCUGCAGGAGGGAUUGGUGCACUUCACAAAAUAGAUGGCAUCAUGAGGAAGGAAAAUUAUGUGGAUAUAUUGAAGCAACAUCUCAAGACAUCAGUCAGGAAGUUAAAGCUUGGUCGCAAAUGGAUCUUCCAAAUGGACAAUGACCCCAAGCAUCCUUCCAAAGUUGUGGCAAAAUGGCUUAAGGACAACAAAGUCAAGGAAUUGGAGUGGCCAUCACAAAGCCCUGACCUCAAUCCUAUAGAAAAUGUGUGGGCAGAACUGAAAAGGCGUGUGCGAGCAAGGAGGCCUACAAACCUGACUCAGUUACACCAGCUCUGUCAGGAGGAAUGGGCCAAAAUUCACCCAACUUAUUGUGGGAAGCUUGUGGAAAGCUACCCAAAACGUUUGACCCAAGUUAAACAAUUUAAAGGCAAUGCUACCAAAUACUAAUUGAGUGUAUGUAAACUUCUGACCCACUGGAAAUAUGAUGAAAGAAAUAAAAGCUGAACUAAAUCAUUCUCUGUACUAUUAUUCUGACAUUUCACAUUCUUAAAAUAAAGUGGUGAUCCUAACGUACCUAAGCCAGGGAAUUUUUACUAGGAUUAAAUGUCAGGAAUUGUGAAAAACUGAGUUUAAAUGUAUUUGGCUAAGGUGUAUGUAAACUUCCGACUUCAAAUGUAUCUAUGUUCCCCCUUUCUAUACUGAACAAAAAUAUAAAUGCAACAUACAACAAUUUUAAAGAUUUUACUGAGUUACAGUUCAUAUAAGGAAAUCAGUCAAUUGAAAUAUUAAUUAGGCCCUAAUCUAUGGAUUUCACAUGACUGGGAAUACAGAUAUGCAUCUGUUGGUCACAAAUGCCUUAAAAAAAAUUAAAAUAACCAGUCCGUAUCUUGUGUGACCACCAUUUGCCUCAUGCAGCGUGACACAUCUCCUUCGCAUAGAGUUGAUUGUGGCCUGUGGAAUGUUGUACGACUCCUCUUCAAUGGCUGUGCAAAGUUGCUGGAUAUUUGAUGUAACUGUAACACGCUGUCGUACACGUAGAUGCAGAGCAUCCCAAACAUGCUCAAUGGGUGACAUGUCUGAUGAGUAUGCAGGCCAUGGAAGAACUGGGACAUUUUCAGUUUCCAGGAAUUGUGUACAGAUCCUUGCUGCAUGGGGCCGUGCAUUAUCAUGCUGAAACAUGAGGUGAUGGCAGCGGAUGAAUGGCACGACAAUGGGCCUCAGGAUCUCAUCACGGUAUCUCUGUGCAUUCAAAUUGUCAUCGAUAAAAUGCAAUUGUGUCCGUAGCUUAUACCUUCCCAUACCAUAACCCAACCGCCACCAUGGGGCACUCUGUUCACAAUGUUGACAUCAGCAAACCGCUCGCCCAAAUGUCUGCCAUAUGCCCGGUACAGUUGAAACCGGGAUUCAUCUGUGAAGAGCACACUUCUCCAGUGUGCCAAUGUCCAUCGAAGGUGAGCAUUUGCCCACUGAUGUCGGUUACGACGCCAAACUGCAGUCAGGUCAAGACCCUGGUGAGGAUGACGAGCAUGCAGAUGAGCUUCCCUGAGACUGUUUCUGACAGUUUGUGCAGUCAUUAUUUGGUUGUGCAAACCCACAGUUUCAUCAGCUGGUCUCAGAUGAUCCCGCAGGUGAAAAAGCCUGAUGUGGAGGUCCUGGGCUGGUGUAGUUACACGUGGUCUGCGGAUGUGAGGCCGGUUGGACAUACUGCCAAUUUCUCUAAAACGACAUUGGAGGCAGCUUAUGGUAGAGAAAUGAACAUUAAAUGCUCUGGCAACAGCUCUGGUUGACAUUCCUGCAGUCAGCAUGCCAAUUGCACACUCCCUCAAAACUUGACAAAACUGCACAUUUUAGAGUGGCCUUUUCUUGUCCCCAGCACAAGGUGCACCUUUGAAAUGAUCAUGUUGUUUAAUCAGCUUCUUGAUAUGCCACACCUGUCAGGUGGAUGGAUUACCUUGGCAAAGGAGAAAUGCUCACUAACAGGGAUGUAAACAAAUUUGUUCACAAAAUCUUAGAGAACAUUUCUGGGAUGUUUUAUUUCAGCUCAUGAAACAUGAGUAUGCAGGCCAUGGAAGAACUGGGACAUUUUCAACUUCCAGAAAUUAUGUACAGAUUGUUGCGACAUCGGGCCGUGCAUUAUGUGCACCUGUGUAAUUAUCAUGCUGUUUAAUCAGCUUCUUGAGGCCACACCUGUCAGGUGGAUGGAUUAUCUUGGCAAAGGAGAAAUGCUCACUAACAGGGAUGUAAUUUGUGCACAACAUUUAAGGGAAUGUUUUUUGGAUCUUUUAUUUCAGCUCCUGAAUCAUGGGACCAAAACUUUACAUGUUGUGUUUAUAUUUUUGUUCAGUGUAUAUGUUAAUGUAUCAUGUGAUGGGGAAAGAAAAGUCAAAUUAUUAUGAAUUACUUUGUAAUCACUCCAAAUAGUUACUACAAGAAAUGCUCACUGGUACCCUUAUUUAUAGAAAUACCCAAAUAUGAAAUGCAUGAGCAUGGUAGCAAUUUAAAGGAAACAGUUUAAAGAUUCUGGGUAAAUUAUUAGGACAACAAUUCACCUGACCCAAGACUGAAUCCAAACAUUACACUGUUGAUUUUAUGUGCAUUUUACAUUUACUGUACUUUUUACCGCAUUUGUUGAUAAUGAAAUCUGAAAAUACUCUGGAUACAUUCAGUAACAUAAGAAUAUUCCUGGAAAAUGUGGGGUAGGUGCAACAUCAGACAACAAAAUAACAAGGGUUUGAGUGAGGACACACACCUCUCCGAAGUGUGCACACCUCUUAAGUAAUUUCACACCUCCUUUGGCCGCCAUUCCUUCCAGUUCUCUGCUGCUAAUGACUGGAACGAACUGCAAAAAUCUCUGAAGCUGGAGACACUUAUCUCCCUCACUAACUUUAAGCAUCAGUUGUCAGAGCAGCUUACCGAUCACUGCACCUGUACACAGCCCAUCUGUAAUUAGCCCACCCAACUACCUCAUCCCCAUAUUGUUAUUUAUUUUGCUCAUUUGCACCCCAGUAUCUCUAUUUGCACAUCAUCUUCUGCACAUCUAUCAUUCCAGUGUUAAUACUAAAUUGUAAUUAUUUUACACUAUGGCCUAUUUAUUGCCUUACCUCCAUAACUUACUACAUUUGCACACACUGUAUAUAUAUUUUCUAUUGUGUUAUUGACUGUGUGUUUUGUUUAUCCCAUGUGUAACUCUGUUUUUAUCGCACUGCUUUGCUUUAUCUUGGCCAGGUCGCAGUUGUAAAUGAGAACUUGUUCUCAACUGGCUUACCUGGUUAAAUAAAGGUGAAAUAAAAAGGGUCUUCAACGAUAGGGUGCAUUUUUUUUUUAGCUCUCCUAGUUGUGCUUUUGAGAAACUAAAGCAAGCACACUUGUAGUUUUGUUUGGAACACAACCCUGAAUCCCCGCCAUCACACAAUUACUAUUGUUUACACAAUCCAAAAACAUCCCAUUAUAAAUCGAAAUCUGGGUCAGGUGGGCAUCAUUUGAAAGCUUGUUCAUUUGCGAACAUGACUAGCUAAGUCAUAAAAUACGAUCUUACAGUGUUAGGCUUUUACAGGGCAAUUCAGAUAAAUAGAUUGUAAUUUUGGUAUGCAUAGAAAGGAGUUCCGCAGCGAUUUUUCGUCACAGUAGACAAACAGGCUCAUUCUGUUCAGAACAACCCAGGGUAUGACGCCAUGUCAUCUUGUAACUAUACAUGAUUGUUCUUUAAUCUUGCAUGAUGGAUUGGCAUCAAGAGGAAAUAAAGCCUUUUAAGGGAGCAUAAAUUGGUGAACAGCAGUUAUCACAGGACUGGAUCCUUGAGAAGGGUUUUCCGCACCACUAACUAGGUUUCCAUCCAAUUGGCGACAGAUUUUCAUUUUUUUAAAAUACAGUGGGGAAAAAAAGUAUUUAGUCAGCCACCAAUUGUGCAAGUUCUCCCACUUAAAAAGAUGAGAGAGGCCUGUAAUUUUCAUCAUAGGUACACGUCAACUAUGACAGACAAAUUGAGGGAAAAAAAUCCAGAAAAUCACAUUGUAGGAUUUUUAAUGAAUUGAUUUGCAAAUUAUGGUGGAAAAUAACUAUUUGGUCACCUACAAACAAGCAAGAUUUCUGGCUCUCACAGACCUGUAACUUCUUCUUUAAGAGGCUCCUCUGUCCUCCACUCGUUACCUGUAUUAAUGGCACCUGUUUGAACUUGUUAUCAGUAUAAAAGACACCUGUCCACAACCUCAAACAGUCACACUCCAAACUCCACUAUGGCCAAGACCAAAGAGCUGUCAAAGGACACCAGAAACAAAAUUGUAGACCUGCACCAGGCUGGGAAGACUGAAUCUGCAAUAGGUAAGCAGCUUGGUUUGAAGAAAUCAACUGUGGGAGCAAUUAUUAGGAAAUGGAAGACAUAUAAGACCACUGAUAAUCUCCCUCGAUCUGGGGCUCCACGCAAGAUCUCACCCCUUGGGGUCAAAAUGAUCACAAGAACGGUGAGCAAAAAUCCCAGAACCACACGGGGGGACCUAGUGAAUGACCUGCAGAGAACUGGGACCAAAGUAACAAAGCCUACCGUCAGUAACACACUGCGCUGCCAGGGACUCAAAUCCUGCAGUGCCAGAUGUGUCCCCCUGCUUAAGCCAGUACAUGUCCAGGCCCGUCUGAAGUUUGCUAGAGUGCAUUUGGAUGAUCCAGAAGAGGAUUGGGAAAAUGUCAUAUGGUCAGAUGAAACCAAAAUAGAACUUUUUGGUAAAAACUCAACUCGUCGUGUUUGGAGGACAAAGAAUACUGAGUUGCAUCCAAAGAACACCAUACCUACUGUGAAGCAUGGGGGUGGAAACAUCAUGCUUUGGGGCUGUUUUUCUGCAAAGGGAUCAGGACGACUGAUCCGUGUAAAGGAAAGAAUGAAUGGGGCCAUGUAUCGUGAGAUUUUGAGUGAAAACCUCCUUCCAUCAGCAAGGGCAUUGAAGAUGAAACGUGGCUGGGUCUUUCAGCAUGACAAUGAUCCCAAACACACCGCCCGGGCAACGAAGGAGUGGCUUUGUAAGAAGCAUUUCAAGGUCCUGGAGUGGCCUAGCCAGUCUCCAGAUCUCAACCCCAUAGAAAAUCUUUGGAGGGAGUUGAAAGUCCGUGUUGCCCAGCGACAGCCCCAAAACAUCACUGCUCUAGAGGAGAUCUGCAUGGAGGAAUGGGCCAAAAUACCAGCAACAGUGUGUGAAAACCUUGUGAAGACUUACAGAAAACGUUUGACCUGUGUCAUUGCCAACAAAGGGUAUAUAACAAAGUAUUGAGAAACUUUUGUUAUUGACCAAAUACUUAUUUUCCACCAUAAUUUGCAAAUAAAUUCAUUAAAUAUCCUACAAUGUGAUUUUCUGGAAAAAAUAUUCUCAUUUUGUCUGUCAUAGUUGACGUGUACCUAUGAUGAAAAUUACAGGCCUCUCUCAUCUUUUUAAGUGGGAGAACUUGCACAAUUGGUGGCUGACUAAAUACUUUUUUUCCCCACUGUAUAUAUAUAUAUAUAUCUGCAUAAAGAAAAUAUGCACAUUUUCCUAUCAGUGGUGUGUUGCCACCAAACGGACUUGUAGCGAAUAAAAAUGAGUGCGUGAUGUAGUGCACACAAUGUACUUUCUUGUACAGAUUAAAAAUUUCCAUCGCAUUUUCAAUUCUACCGAUUUUAAUUUAGUCACAAACUGUAGAGUUAAAUAGCAAAUGUGCCUACUCUGGUCUUGACACGUGCGCUUUAGCCAACAGCUUGCAGAUACAGUGCGGGUUAAUGCUUUUUGAGGUCGGUUCGAUUAUUAAAAUAAUCACAGAUUUCGGUUUCUCAAAAAAAUUUAAACAUUAAAUGCACUAUUCAUUAUGUGGGUUGAAUGAUGUAACAAUACAGAAUAAAACAAUUCAUAAAAGGCCCAUGAUGGUAGUGACUGCACAUUACUACUUAUCACUAUUAACCAUAAUUUAUUCACAUUACUUUAAUAAAAUAUUUCAGUUGUGUAUAUUACAUUUAUUUUAUUUGAUGACUUUAUUAUUUCAUUUCAAGUCAUCUCUAUAGAGCUGCUGCCUAUGCUGUCUGACAAAAUCACUAUUUUAGUAGUUCUUCAAAGUAAAUAUGGCAUAGUUUUAUGACUGCUGAAUACCAACUAUCAAUCACUUAAAUCAUGUAUUUUUAGUUAGAGAUGCCUUGCGAAGCAACUGCUAUCUGUCUCUCUCGAUCACGCAUUCUUCUGUCUCUUAUGUAGCAAACGUAAAAGAAACACAGACCGGACAAGUAGGUGUGCAGUGGAUUAUGGUCAUUGUAGUUUAUUACCACGUUUUCUGCACUAAACUACGUAGAACCUUGGCCUGUUGGAAACUCCUUACUUCAUCGCACAGUUUGGGCUUGAUCUGAUUUAUCUCUAGAGAAACUGCACAAUGUGUGCAUUGAGCUCACAGAAAAAAGCAGAACGAAAUAGAAUUCAAAUAAUUGAACUGACCUCAGUCAAUUAGUUGUUUUAAAAAAUAACAACGUUUUCAGUUAGUCGCUCGGCACUAGUGUGGGUAGGCUAGUCUACACGUUGAGGUUAUUAUGGAUAAGAGCGAGAAUAUUUUUAUUUGUCAAACGACAGUCAAGCAUUGACCAUCAUGUCACCAGAAUAAGACCUUAAAUAUUUAUUGUAAAGGAGCAUUAAGCUCAUCGGGCACUUUCACCACCCUGGGAAGUUCAUAAUAACUUUCAUCUGUAGCCUAAUAAACUUCAUGGUAUCCCGAGUCGAGGACCACACACCAUAUCAUCACGUGACUCCAAGUUUACUUCGAUAUGAUGGUUGUUAUAUCAGUAUUUGCGCAUAAAGGUGUCUCCACUGCCAUUUCUUGGAUUAUUAAUUUUACAGACACAAAAAGAUCCCACCAUGUCGAACAAACAAAUUAUCUUUCGGCACUUAUUAAAUUGUACCAAGACUUCCUGUUUCCAUCACAACUGUUGUGAUUUGUAUUUUAUUUUUAUACGGAAUGACUUUACUCGCAUGGAGACGUGGUUAGUGUCGCAUUGGGUCUGAGAGAGCUAAAGAAGUCACUCAGUUUGACCCGACCCUGAUAUCCCCAAUGCAUUAAGAGGGACUUAGCGAAUUACGGAAAAGCAAGUUAAACAUGUCAAUCUACGCUUUAACCUCCAUGACUAAUAAUAGCGAAACUUUGACUUGAGUGCAGAAUUAAUACAAUUGUAAGUAAUGGCGUUGGGCCUGGACUGGAGCCCUCUUUGGCCUUUUAGAACCACACAACCACUAUAUCCCCUCUGUCCAGUGGGAAUGCCAGAUGAUAGAGACUCUCUUUGGUCCAUUACUGGCUUGUUUGAUCAACAUCCAGCUGUUUGGUGGCAGGCAGGGCCUCUGUGGCUAUUAGGUUCUGAUCCUUUUGGCCCGGGCAUUGAUGCUUUAAUAAGGUUGUUAUAUAGAAAUAAUAUAUACUUUGGUGUUUUAUGCUGAAAGGCAUGUUUGAUAUAGGCACAAACAAUACAUCAACUAUUUUUAUCCAAUCCUUUUAAAGUAGUUGAUACAAGCAAUUAGGGGACUGUAGAAUAAUGUUCAGUAGGAUAAUGUUCCAUUUAAUCUCUGCAAACCGAUUUAUUCGCCAUUCAUUUCUGAGGCUGAAAAUGUUUGCUUCUUUCCCCAAGUCUAUCAGCUUGUUACAGUGGAGGUGACCUGACCCUUGGAAAAUGCCUUUUAUGAUUACUGAAUUAACUUUGAAGUUCACGUUUUCGUGCCUAAUGGACAUAUUCCCCUGGCGUCAUUGCUGAGCUGUAAUGCUAAACUCCCACUCGAUCCAUAAACGGAUUUCACCGCCUUAUCAGUUUGAUUUUUGCCACUCUUGCCCCGGACGCUUAUCCUAACGGAGAUUACUCGGGCUUCUCUGAUUUGAACAGACUUAUUGUUAAUGCAAAAACUAAGUGGUAUUUGAGGGAGGCAGGAUGGAUGAAGUGGACAGUGUAUGGUAGCUAAGUGACAGUGUAUGGUGAUCAUGACUUAUAGCACAGCACUCUGUUUUGAAGUUUGUUUGUAAAUGUAAAUCGCUUUUUAACAUCCUACUGUAAAAGUCCUUCAACUAGGAAAGGGUCAUUAGUGUUGUUAAAGGCACUAAUGCACACAAUAGAGUCAUACUCACAAAGUGCAAACGUUAUGCUAUAUACAUACAUUGUGGCAUAAAACAGUGUAAUCUCAUUUGACCUAAAUAGUUAACCUUAAGCACUGUUCCAUGAUGAACUUUAAAAUGUGAUUUCAAUGAUUUCGAUACAAACUAUGUAUAUGUGUUAUACAUGUAUUAUGAAGGAUUGAUUUAAGGGGAAUGAGGUAAAUCACCAUCUCUUUUUCUCCUCAAAGGGAUCUCUGCUUGGAUCACUGUCAACUUCCUCAUAGGUGAGAUGGUUUCAAACUGUUUACUGUCAGUUACUACAUUUACAUUACAUUUACAUUUACGUCAUUUAGCAGACGCUCUUAUCCAGAGCGACUUACAAUGGCAUAGGUAGCAUUGGUAAGGAUUGAUAUAGAUUCAGCUCCAAGAUUAGGAAAUAUAUAUAUUCCAGUGGGGAUGAGACCAUCUCUACCAAAAGAUGGUCAAUAUCUGAGUCAAAGGGUCUGGCCUUAGUGUGGUGUGGUGAGGGAGAUGGGUCAGUGUUUGUUUGGCGUGACGGUGGAUUGAACUAAAGACAUCCUGUACUGACCCUACCACCCUCACCCUCAGAGGCCCUGGCCCCAAACUCAAUGUUCAGAACAGGCUUAAUUCUGGUACAUAAACGGAACACCAGCGAUAUAGAUUAAUAUUCUGGACAAGACAUUUUGAUUACCUGUAAUUGGAUUAGCCUAGCGCUGCAUCCCCAGUUCCUCUUUGGUGACCCCACCCUCUCUUUUUCCCUCUCUCUCUCUCUCUCUCUCUCUCUGCAGGGGGUCUCCACGGCUCUGACACACCCACUGUGGGGAUGCUGGAUUUGGGAGGGGGGUCCACCCAGAUCACCUUCUCCCCUCAGGAUGAGGUACAAUAAGGCAUCUCUGUUUGAUAGCGGACGCUCAAGCCCACAGUCUGUCUCUCUCACACACACACAUAAUGAAGCCAGAUCUCUUCUCUAAAGCAACACAAACUACCGGGAUGGCCUCUCAUUUUAGGGUUUAAUCCGCAAAUGCCACGCUAAUCCUAAAGGGCUGGUAAAUAAACGUUGUUGGACAUUCGGUUGGAUGGGAGGGGGGUUUCUUGUUCCUUAACUAGGUCAGGUCUUGUACACAAGGGAUUGAGGACCAAUUUACCAUGUCAUUACACUGCUUUUCAAAGAGUUUAAACUCUCCCGGCAAGCCGUUCACGCUUUAGGGAUGAAAUUGGUUUGCAGAUUGCGGCAGUUUUUUUCUCUUCUUAUUGAGUAUAUCCUUUUUGUUGGUUUGAUGUCAAACAGCACAGUGUGAUAUCUGUUGUAUAAGCUCUAACUGGUCAACCAGGAAUUGCAACGGUUAAUAUAAGAAAACAUGUUUGAUUCUGACAUUUAAAUCUAUAAAUAAUGUUUUGCUUGCAAAUCUAUACAGCCACACAAUGAUCAUUUAUGUUUUGCAUCUUUUGUUCUCUCCAGAAGACCAUCCAGACCUCACCCAUCGAUUACAUGACAUCAUUUCAGAUGUUCAACAGCACCCACACCCUCUACUCACACAGGUACUACCAUGCACUAUGUUUAGACAGAUAGUUGUGCUCUGUGGAAAGCCCUCUUCCCACUGGGCACACACUGGUCAUGAAAUUACGUUGAACCAAUGUGGAAUAGAUGUUGAAUUGACGUCUGUGCCCAGUGGGUUCCGUCUUCAUGUCAAACCUACCGUGUGGGGCAUCCAACUGCAAACGGGUCACUCCAGCUGCAAAAUUGUCUAUUUUGUCCUCUACCAUGAUUUAAUUGGGGGAACUUAUUGCGAUUUAAAACGAAAAAAUAUGUUUUAAGUGAGAAGUAGGCAUUGGUCUGAAGCAGAAAAAUUAAGGAAAUUCACAUGAGCACCACAAUGCUUACUUCACCCAUGCUCUACCAAGGUUUUCCAGCACACAGCUUUGAUCUACUACAGUAGCUAUGUUGAUCUAUUGUACUUCAAACGAUGUGUAGGCAGGGUGUGUAGGAUUCAAACCUUUCUUAAACAGCCGAAGUCAAAUCAAAAUUAAAGUUUAUUGGUCGCAUACACAGUUUAGCAGCUAUAGCGGGUGCAGCGAAAUGCUUAUGCUUCUAGCUUCUAAAGACGCAGUAAAAUGUCAGUCAAGUACACAAAUAAUUUAAAAUAAAUACAAAAAAUCUAAUGUGGGAACCAAUCUAAUUAACAACCAAAAUAGCACUGUAACACUAAUUAAAAUGUGUACACCGGAAGAAUUUACAGAAGAUAUACUAAGAAUGGUAUGUACAGCAGUACAUAUAUUAGUGGGCUAUGUCAAGAAUCCAGCAUUAUAAAUAUGCGGGAUGUAUAAACAGUGGACUUAAAAUGCAAUGUACAGUAGUAGAAGUAUUAGAAUGAGCUUUGUCGAGAAUACAGUAUUUAAAUACACAGUGUGAAAUGAGAAGUGUUUAGUGGUUUAAUGUCUCUAACAUGGGACAGCAGUGUUGUGUGUGUGUACAGUAUAUGUGAUAACUUGUGUGUAUGCAUAUUCAGACUCUUAGAGGAGGUGCUCCCACAAUAAUGUGAUUUGUACGGCAUACAAUGUAAAGUAAUGGAUUCUUCACACAACACACUAAGACAUUAUCCCAUUCCAUUAUCUUUUCAUGCUUUUUUUGUAUUAUAUGAAGGCAAGCUUUGCUUUUAUACUUACUUACAAGACCAUCGGGCUUGAUUGAGUGAGCUGUCCUGCCUGUAUUUCCUUAAACCUUUAUUUUAGCAAUACAUGCCAUUGAGAAAAAUAUAUUUCAUAACAUAUUUUUUGGAUCAGUAGGUGCCCAACAUAACACCAGGUGGUGGUGUGUUGGACACAGUCACUCAUAUAGGUAUAGAGUUCUAUAGAGCCUGUCUGCAUUCCUGAUUUCUGUAUCCGUUAGCUGUGUAAUAUUGACAUAAGCUCAGAACCACUUGUUUUGCAAACAUGGUCCUGUUUUAUCUAUUACUGUGCUGAUCAAUGGCCAGUUUGUUACCUCUGUCAAAUGAAUAUGUAGCUUACAGUUGUUUAUUUGUAUUUCUUAUUGCAAUAAAGAUGGUGACGCUACAAUAAUACACAUUUACAAUAGGUUUAUAUCUAAAAAUACAUACAGCCUAAUGAGAGAUAUAAUAUUUAUUAAUUACUACAUGACCAAAAGUAUGUGGACACCUACUCAUUGAACAUCUCAUUCCAAAAUCAUGGGCAAUAAUAUGGAGUUGGUCCCCCCUUUGCUGUUAUAACAGCCUCCACUCUUCUGGGAAGGCUUUCCACUAGAUGUUGGAACAUUGCUGUGGGGACUUGCUUCCAUUCAGCCACGAGCAUUAGUGAGGUCGGGCAUUGAUGUUGGGCAAUUAGGCCUGGCUCGCAGUUGGAUUUCCAAUUCAUUCCAAAGGUGUUCGAUGGGGUUGAGGUCAGGGCUCUGUGCAGGCCAGUCAAGUUCUUCCACACCGAUCUCGACAAACCAUUUCUGUAUGGACCUCGCUUUGUGCAUGGGGGCAUUGUCAUGCUGAAACAGGAAAGGGCCUUCCCCAAACUGUUGCCACAAAGUUGGAAGAACAGAAUAGUCUAGAAUGUCAUUGUAUGCUGUAGGGUUACGAUUUCCCUUCACUGGAACUAAGGGGUCUAGCCCGAACCAUGAAAAAAAGCCCCAGACCAUUAUUCCUCCUCAACCAAACUUUACAGUUUGCACUAUGCAUUCAGGCAGGUAGCGUUCUCCUGGCAUCUGCCAAACCCAGAUUCGUCCGUCGGACUGCCAGAUGGUGAAGCGUGAUUAAUCACUCCCAGAGAAUGCGUUUCCAUUGCUCCAGAGUCCAAUGGCGGCGAACUUUACACCACUCCAGCCGACGCUUGGCAUUGCGCAUGGUGAUCUUAGGCUUGUGUGUGGCUGCUCGGCCAUGGAAACCCAUUUCAUGAAGCUCCCGACGAACAGUUAUUGUGCUGGAACUCGGUAGUGAGUGUUUCAACCGAGGACAGAUUAUUUUUACGCGCUUCAGCACUCGCCGGUCCCGUUCUGUGAGCUUGUGUGGCCUACCUCUUCGCGGCUGAGCCGUUGUUGCUCCUAGACAUUUCCACUUCAUAAUAACAGCACUUACAGUUGACCGGGGCAGCUCUAGCAGGGCAGACAUUUUUCGAACUGACUUACAUUUUAGUAAUUUAGCAGACGCUCUUAUCCAGAGCGACUUACAGGAGCAAUUAGGGUUAAGUGCCUUGCUCAAGGGCACAUCGACAGAUUUUUCACCUAGUCGACUCAGGGAUUAGAACCAGCGACCUUUCGGUUACUGGCACAACGCUCUUAACCACUAAGCUACUUGCCGCCCGACUUGUUGGAAAGGUGCCACGUUGAAAGUCACUGAGCUCUUCAGUAAGGCCAUUCUACUGCCAACGUUUGUCUAUGGAGAUUGCAUGGCUGUGAGCUCGAUUUCAUACACCUGUCAGCAACGGGUGUGGCUGAAAUAGCCAAAUCCACUAAUUUGAAGGGGUGUCCACAUACUUUUGUGUGUGUGUAUAUACAGUGGGGGAAAAAAGUAUUUAGUCAGCCACCAAUUGUGCAAGUUCUCCCACUUAAAAAGAUGAGAGAGGCCUGUAAUUUUCAUCAUAGGUACACGUCAACUAUGACAGACAAAAUGAGAAAAAAAAUCAAGAAAAUCACAUUGUAGGAUUUUUAAUGAAUUUAUUUGCAAAUUAUGGUGGAAAAUAAGUAUUUGGUCAAUAACAAAAGUUUCUCAAUACUUUGUUAUAUACCCUUUGUUGGCAAUGACACAGGUCAAACGUUUUCUGUAAGUCUUCACAAGGUUUUCACACACUGUUGCUGGUAUUUUGGCCCAUUCCUCCAUGCAGAUCUCCUCUAGAGCAGUGAUGUUUUGGGGCUGUCGCUGGGCAACACAGACUUUCAACUCCCUCCAAAGAUUUUCUAUGGGGUUGAGAUCUGGAGACUGGCUAGGCCACUCCAGGACCUUGAAAUGCUUCUUACGAAGCCACUCCUUCGUUGCCCGGGCGGUGUGUUUGGGAUCAUUGUCAUGCUGAAGGACCCAGCCACGUUUCAUCUUCAAUGCCCUUGCUGAUGGAAGGAGGUUUUCACUCAAAAUCUCACGAUACAUGGGCCCAUUCAUUCUUUCCUUUACACGGAUCAGUCGUCCUGGUCCCUUUGCAGAAAAACAGCCCCAAAGCAUGAUGUUUCCACCCCCAUGCUUCACAGUAGGGUAUGGUGUUCUUUGGAUGCAACUCAGCAUUAUUUGUCCUCCAAACACGACGAGUUGAGUUUUUACCAAAAAGUUCUAUUUUGGUUUCAUCUGACCAUAUGACAUUCUCCCAAUCCUCUUCUGGAUCAUCCAAAUGCACUCUAGCAAACUUCAGAUGGGCCUGGACAUGUACUGGCUUAAGCAGGGGGACAUGUCUGGCACUGCAGGAUUUGAGUCCCUGGCGGCGUAGUGUGUUACUGAUGGUAGGCUUUGUUACUUUGGUCCCAGCUCUCUGCAGGUCAUUCACUAGGUCCCCCCGUGUGGUUCUGGGAUUUUUGCUCACCGUUCUUGUGAUCAUUUUGACCCCAAGGGGUGAGAUCUUGCGUGGAGCCCCAGAUCGAGGGAGAUUAUCAGUGGUCUUAUAUGUCUUCCAUUUCCUAAUAAUUGCUCCCACAGUUGAUUUCUUCAAACCAAGCUGCUUACCUAUUGCAGAUUCAGUCUUCCCAGCCUGGUGCAGGUCUACAAUUUUGUUUCUGGUGUCCUUUGACAGCUCUUUGGUCUUGGCCAUAGUGGAGUUUGGAGUGUGACUGUUUGAGGUUGUGGACAGGUGUCUUUUAUACUGAUAACAAGUUCAAACAGGUGCCAUUAAUACAGGUAACGAGUGGAGGACAGAGGAGCCUCUUAAAGAAGAAGUUACAGUUCUGUGAGAGCCAGAAGUCUUGCUUGUUUGUAGGUGACCAAAUACUUAUUUUCCACCAUAAUUUGCAAAUAAAUUCAUAAAAACUCCUACAAUGUGAUUUUCUGGAUUUUUUUCCCUCAAUUUGUCUGUCAUAGUUGACGUGUACCUAUGAUGAAAAUUACAGGCCUCUCUCAUCUUUUUAAGUGGGAGAACUUGCACAAUUGGUGGCUGACUAAAUACUUUUUUCCCCCACUGUAUAUAUAGUGUAGAUAGAUCGAUAAGCAGGUGCUUCCACACAGGUGUGGUUCUUGAGUUAUCGACUUACCUAGAGUCAGAUGAACUCGUGGAAACCAUUUUUAUGUCUCUGCGUUCAGUUUGAAGGUUGCUAACUAGCGUUAGCGUAAUUGCUAACUAGCGUUAGCGCAAUGACUGGUUGUCUAUGGUAACUGCUAGCAUGCUAGCUUGCCAAACUACCUCCUUCAUACUGGAUGCAGAGACAUAAAAAUAGUAUUGAUGAGUUCAUCUGACUCUGGGGAAAUGGGUAAAGGGCUUCAUUGCCUAAAUCCUGAAAUAUCCCUUUAAUUAACUCAUGAACCACACCUGUGUGGUAUCCUUUUAAGCAAUUAACAUCCCAUCAUGCUUAGGGUCAUGUAUAAAAAUGCUGGGCAGGCCAUUAUUUUGGCUACCAUGGCUAUGGCCCCAUAGGACGACAAUGCCCCCAUCCACAUGGCAUGAGUGGUCACUGGAUGGUUUGAUGAGCAUGAAAACGAUGUAAACCAUAUACCAUGGCCGUCUCAGUCACCAGAUCUCAACCCAAUUGAACACUUAUGGGAGAUUCUGGAGUGGCGACUGAGACAGCGUUUUCCACCACCAUUAACAAAACACGAAAUGCUGGAAUUUCUCGUGGAAGAAUGGUGUCGUAUCCCUCCUAUAGAGUUCCAGACACUUGUAGAAUCUAAGCCAAGGAAAAUUGACGCUGUUCUGGCUCGUGGUGGCCCAACAGCCUAUUAAGACACUUUGUUGGUGUUUCCUUUAUUUUGUCAGUUACCUGUAUAUACAUUAUUUUAAUAGCAUGACAAUCUAAAGUCCAUUAUCCCUCUGAAGAGUUUGAAUUUGGGAUGGGCACGGUAGGGCUGGACAAUAUGGCCAAUAUCUAAUUUUUGACCGUAUUUUAUAUUUUUGAAUAAUACAAGUUCUAAAUUUGCUUUAUGAGUAGGGUGGCAACACAUAAAUACAUUCUAAGUGAUUUUAAUGGGUCUUUCUCCAUUCUUAUUUUUUUGUUUUAUGCUGUUCAAUUCAACUUCAACCAAAAAUAAUUUACUGCAUUUUCAUCAAUUUCAGCAUUUCCUGCACUCAUUUGAGAUCACUUCCACACUGCCACGAUUUGACUUGCGAUUUAGAUCAAAACACUUGGGUGAACUGUUGGAAUCAUGGAAAUAUAAUGUUUAUUCUAAUUCUAUAGUUAAAAUAUAAAUAAUAGUGGGCACUUUUAAUACAGUGUUUGACAUGACAACGAAUGAAAAUGCCAGGGAGGAGUUAUUGUGACAGGGUAGGAACCAAAGUGUUGGUCAGUGUUUCCUAGGGGACCCUAUAAUCUUUGGCUACGUUUCUGCAUAAAUCAAAUCAAGCUUUAUUUAUACAGCACAUUUCAGACAUGGAAUACAACACCAAUGUGCUUCACAGGAAAAUACAAAUAAAAUACAAAAAUCAGAGCUUAAAUAUUUACUACACAACAAACAUAAAAAUCAAUAAAUAAGAGUGACAAAAACGGAACUACUAAAAAAAGAAAAGCAAAGCUAAAAACAUGCGUUUUAAGAUCUCUUUUAAAUAUGUCCACAGUUUCAGCCCCCCUUAGGUUCUCUGGCAGGCUAUUUCAGAGGCUGGGGGCAUAGUAACUAAAGGAUGCCUAUCCAUGCCUCUUGGUCCUAGGCUUUGGGAUAGUUAAAAGGCCAGUGCCAGAGGACCUGAGGGACCUACUGGGUAAAUAACUUAAAAGAAUGUCUGACAUGUAUUGGGGUGCACAAUCGUGGAUUGAUUUAAAAACCAAUAGAAUAACCUUAAAAUUAAUUAUAAAACUCACAGGCAGCUAGUGCAGAGACCUUUAAAACGGGUGUAUUGUGUGCUCUCCGUCUGGUCUUGGUCAGUACCCAUGCUGCAGCGUUCUGUAUGUUUUGCAGUUGACCAAUGGCUUUCUUGGGUAGACCAGACAGGAGAGCAUUAUAGUAAUAAAGCCUGCUUGUAAUUAAAGCAUGAGUCUCUCUGUAUCAGCCUGAGAGAGAAACGGCCGCACCUUGGCAAUGUUCCUCAGGUGGUAAAAAGCUAUUUUGGUAACAUUCCUAAUGUGUGAUUCGGAAAUUUAGUUUAGAAUCUAAAAUUACACCAAUGUUUUUUUUACCUGGUAUUUUACCUUUUAAUACUCCAUAUUCUUUCUGUGCUUUGGCUUCAACAAUAAGUACCUCGGACUUGUCUUGAUUUAGCUGGAGGAAGUUGUGAGCCAUCCAAGUAUUUAAAUCACUAAUACAGUCUAAUAAUUUAUGCGUCGAGUUGUGUAUCAGUGAAAAUCAAUGCUGUGCUUUCUGAUAACGCUGCCAAGGGGUAACAUAAACUGAACAGUACUGGACCCAAAAUUGAACCUUGUGGAAUGCCACAUGUGAUAUGUAUUUUCUAUGAGUUAUGUUCACCAAGGGUGACAAACUCUUGACUGGGUAAAUAGGUCCUAAACCAAUUUAAAACUGGACCGGAGAGGCCAACCCACCUCUCCAGUCUGUCCAGAAGGACAUCAUGGUCAACAGUGUCGAAUGCAGCACUUAAAUCCAUGAGUACAUUUACAUUUAAGUAAUUUAGCAGACGCUCUUAUCCAGAGCGACUUAUAAAUUGGUGCAUUGUACAAGGUCAGAGAGCUGUUUGGCAUCUGUGUUGGCUCUAAGAUCAUUUACCACUUUAACUAAGGCUGUCUCUGUGCUGUGGUGGGCACGAAAAUCAGAUUGGAAUUUUUGAAAAAUACAGUUGCCAGUUAAAUCAUUUAGCUGUUUGAAAACAAAUUUCUCCAGAAUUUUGCUUAAGAAUGGAAGGUUGGAGAUUGGCUGAAAAUUACUGAGCAUGUCUGUGUCAACCAGGGAAAAUAAAUCCUCUUUGAUUUAGAAGAUACUGUUGCACAAACAACAUGCUUAUUUAGGCCUACACCAUCACUGGUAUAAGACUGUAUAGCUAUGUUUGCUCUGACUCAGUACAUUUAUUAACUAGCGAUUAGCAUUAGCAGCUAACACGAUUUAGCUAAAACUUGCUAAGAAACACAAACUAAUAGUGUCAUUAUAGAAUGCUUGUGGAUGUAUAUUAAGAAGCAAAGUGGGAAUAACAUUGUUGUCAUCAACAUUGUUGCAUGUGCUGCAUUGACCAUGCAGACUGAACGCAAGUGUCUCGUGGUCAAGCAACAACAAAUGCGCUCCUUGAGUGACGGGGCAGGGCUAGGUCUCUGUGGAAAGCAGCAUGGAGAGAGCGGAGAGGGAUGACUCAAGUAGCGGUGUAAACUAUAAAAAUGGACGUUACACACUGCAUAUCACUAAACAUUCAAACACCGUUAUAAAAGGUAAAGUAAAACCCAAACCAUUCCGUGCAUCAAUGCCGGUAUAUAGUAAAAUACGGUAUACCACCCAGCCUAGGGCACGGUUAUUAGAAUAUCCGAAGUGACGUUAGUAUUCGAUUACUUGCAAGAGUAUUCUUUUUUUUUUUUAUACAAAAAAUGUAAUUAUCUAUGUGACAUUGCUACAGAAAAGGAUAGACCAUGACAUUCGAAUUUGUGAUAAACUGUCAUAAAACUAUUGUUUUAUGUGUAGCUUUUUAUUGUCUGUCAAUCAAUCAAAGCAGCACUAACGUUACAGGCGGAGUCUCCAUGUGUAGCAAGUGAAGUGGGAGAUUUCUAAUCAAUGCAAAAUGGAAUUACAAUUAUGGAAUAAAUGGCUAAAUGAGAAGAAGUAGGCUACAAUGAUCAACCAACAGGUAGUCUGUUGUUUAAUAUGAAUGGAGUUGAUGUAGACAAGGACGGGGAGUGAGGCAAAUAGCCUCAAUUAGCCUGGCUAGUUAGCUUCUUUACAUCGAUUUGAUGCAGUCAAGACCGACUACCAGAUGAGAUGAUAGAUAACUUAUCACAGCAACAAGUUUGUCUAGCCUGCGUGAGUCUGUUUGGCUACUUUCUCUCUCCAUGUCGGACACACCGGCUUCUGCUUCUCUCCCGCCCCUCCCUUCUGUGCAGAAACAACAAGCAGAGUGCUCUUCUGAGUCAAGCGAACAAGUCCCCAUUUGAAGUAAAAAAUAUUAAUACAAAUAUUUGUUUUUAAAGGGGCAGUUGCUACAUCCAUUUUUGGAACAGAAAAUGUAAACAAACACUAUAUAGCCUUAAAACAUGUUUAAAAAAUGUUGAUAUCCUGGAUGGUCAGUCCUUGCAUCCAUAGCUAUGUCUAUGAAUUUGAGUGGUUACAUUUCUCUAGCCCCAUCCCUCAGCUUUUUAACGAACGUGGGGCGGGGAUCCUGCUUUGUUAAUGUUUCUACUGCUGAUUGCCGCUUUAAAACAUGUAUUUUGACUAUCCGGAUAUCCCCCCCGAAAAUUUUGAUUUUAUUCUAAUAGGCUGUUUGAGAAAGUUUUAAUCCUACGCAACCUGCAUACUCAUUGUUUGAAGUACAGUAGACCAACAUAGCUACUGUAGUAGAUCAAAGCUGUGUGCUGGAAAACAUUGGUGAAGUAGGCCUUGUGGUGCUCGUGAAUUUCCUUUCAUUUUUCGGUUUAAAGGUGCAUUAUAUAACAUUUCCACAUGCAAAGCCUGUCAUUGGCAGUGCUAUUGUAACCUGUAAUGCGGACUCUGUCAAAAGGUCUGAACCUUAAUGGCACAGGUGGUGUGCUUGCAUAACUGCAAGAGUUACUGUUUUGCCCUCUAAAAUCAGUUUUGAACUAACUAGAUUGCGACAUUCUUAGAUUGUAAACCAUGACUUCCCAUUCAAAGCAAAGUUUUAACUCGAAGCAAAACUGUUUUAUAACUGAAUGACUUUUGAAGGUCUUAGCUCAGCCUCUGAAUUUCAUAGAGACUUUUACAGCCAGCGGCGCACCACUGGAUCCGGCCCUGCACAACAAACAUAUAUUGCAGUAUAUGCGCUCAAAUACACUCUUACAUGUUUGGCUUAAUGAUAUCUUAUACUAAGGCUAAGUGCUAAAACAGCUUUGGUGGGACAUUUUAUUAGUAUUUGGCUUUCCUGAAAUUCAACCUUCUGCGCUGUUGUUCAGAGAGGUGCAUUGAAACGGUAGUAUUCUUUCUGUCCUCAGGUUAGAGUGUAUGACCCUGCUAAGUUUAGUUGCAUGUUGCAAAGUGCACACUCAUUGUUCAAACUGACUAUACACCUUUGACACACACCUCUCACUCUUAUUUCUGUUUGUCACACACUGAUUCUGCUUUCUGUCUUGCACAGCUACCUUGGUCUAGGCUUGAUGUCGGCAAGACUAGCUGUCUUGGGAGGAAUCGAGGGACAGCCUUGUAUGUGGUUUUUCAAUUUGCUUUCAUCGUUGCCUUUAAAGACCCUCCCCGUCCUGAUAAAUAAGCCAUUAUCUAAUCUUUUAAUAACAUGGACCAAGAUUAAUUCCUUGCAUGCCAGCUGUUGCUGUGAUUUAGUUGAUGCCUGGCUUUAAGAACUGCCAUCAGUCGAAUGCCCCGGAUGCAGUUCUCCAUGGGGAUUUGCAUUUUUUACAUUUGAAUUUUAAUCAGAUUUCUUUGUUGAUACAUUUGUUUGUUGUAUAAUCUAUUUAUUCUCAAUGUUCCCUCAAUGCAUUUUUUGUGUGCCACCAGAUGUUGGCCAAUAGCCAUAAAACCUACGUUGGAGCACAGCAAUUUCAGAUGCUGUUCCACCUUACAGCAUAUGACUUAUAUUGGACAUUUGUGGCCAAACGCAACACCACAUUAGUUAAUUGUUGAAUUUUUAUAAGAGCUCUAAAAAUAAAAAUAAAAGUAGCCUUCUCCAGCCAUAGCUUUCAUAUAUCUAUAUAGAUAUCUAUAUCCCACCUGUGUACCAAAACAUGAGCUACAGUUUGUUGGUCAGGUCCAAAUUCUAAGUGCGUUCUCUGUUCUAUUUUCAACAGUAGAGGGCAGCAGCACAGAGCUAGUAAGCCCCUGCUUGGCCCCGGACUACUCUGGCCAAUGGGAACAUGCAGAAGUUCUGUAUACUGUGAAGGGCCAGAAGGCAGGUACAGUAAAAAGGGAUUUAUAACUAAUUUAACAAGAAUAUUACUAAUGCUAAGUACCAAUUGUCAAAUUCACAUAGAAAUGUGAGUUAUAGAUCUGUCAUUCUCAUUUAAAGCAAGUCUAAGAAGGGUUGAUCUGUUCUAUGUGCGAUAUUUCUAUGCUUCCCGUUCUUACGUUUAGUUUUUGCGUCUUUGACUUUCUGUAUUUUUCCACCAGCUGUAAAUACAAUAUUUUUGGUUCAUAUUGAAAAUAUGUCAGGGCGGUUUAGUUGGUACAAUGAUUUUCUAUACACUACACAAUUGCUUGUUUUGUCACAUAAACUGAAAUUAGGCGAACUAUUAGAAUUUUAGCAACCAGGAAAAGGCGGAUUGAUUUCUGCAUAUCGCACCUUUUAAUGAACAAUUAAUUGCCUUCUAUAGACAGUGCCUGACCUGAUAAUUUUUUUUGUGUAUAAACAGUUUUGUUUCUGUUUCAGGAGAGCCCAUUUAUGACUCCUGCCUUAGGAAAGUGGAGAAGAUGCUGUAUGGGAAGGUGAAGAAGGCAGAGGAAGCCAAAGAUAUGGAAUUCUAUGCCUUUUCAUACUACUAUGACAGAGCUGUGGAUAUGGGCGCUAUUGGUAGGAACCCUACCUGCCUUUUGCCACCAGUUGGUGUAAAUGAAUAUGCUGCUUAGUUUAAUGAUAUCUUAAUAUAGUAAUUCAAUGUUGUUCUAAUCUCCCCUUUCACUCAGAUGAGAAAAUGGGAGGGACUAUAAAAGUCAGCGAUUACAUUGAUGCUGCCAAGAGUGGUAAGACAGCGCCCUCAUGCUGCAGUUGUGUACUGUAUGUGGUUCGCUGCUACUGAACACAAACAUGACUCAUCCAUUUUAAUCAACACUUGACUCAUUGCUUUCACACAUUUAAUCAACAUUUUAUUGGAAUUUAGUGAAUACUUGCAAGAAAUCGCCAUAAGCAUUUAUUUCUUCCAGUGUGCAACGGAAUGAUGGUUACUCCAGGAGAGAAUCCGUUCCUUUGUCUGGAUCUAACCUACAUCUCUAAGCUGGUGCAAGAGCUUGGUUUUCCCAAAGAAAAAGUAUUUAAGGUGAGAACCAAAUGUAAUUUAUCAAUCGAGUGUUUCACUGAGACUGUGCAUUUCCAUGGGUCUGCAUCAGAUGGCCAAAGAAGUGAUUGUGUGCUUUCAGCUGGCGAGGAAGAUUGAUGAAGUGGAGACUAGCUGGGCUCUGGGGGCUACUUUCCACUACAUGAAGUCCCUCCACAGUCAGUGA